UUCCCGAGCCUUUCAGUGAAGAAAAGCUCACUCCCAUCCGCACUAUCUACUGGUAUCUUCAGCUCACUGGCUCAGAUGGCUCUCCAGACGGCCACCUCCUUCCUCCCGUCGGCGCUCUCCGCGCGCAAGGAGGGAGCGGUGAAGGAUUCGGCCUUCUUGGGUGUUCGUCUCGCGGAUGGCCUCAAAUUGGACACCUCCUCGCUCGGACUGCGGACCAAGAGAGUGAACACGUCGUCGGUGGCCAUUCGCGCGCAGGCGUCGGCGGUGUCCGCGCCCAUCGCGACCCCGGCGUCCCCGGCGGGCAAGAAGACCCUCCGCACGGGCACCGCGAUCAUCACUGGUGCGUCGUCCGGCCUCGGCCUCGCCACGGCCAAGGCCCUGGCGGAGUCCGGCAAGUGGCACGUCAUCAUGGCCUGCCGCGACUACCUCAAGACCGCGCGCGCCGCCCGGGCGGCCGGCAUGCCCAAGGGCAGCUACACCAUCGUCCACCUCGACCUCGCCUCCCUCGACAGCGUCCGCCAGUUCGUCAACAACGUGCGCCAGCUCGACAUGCCCAUCGACGUCGUUGUCUGCAACGCCGCCGUCUACCAGCCCACCGCCAAGGAGCCCUCCUUCACCGCCGACGGCUUCGAGAUGAGCGUCGGCGUCAACCACCUCGGCCAUUUCCUGCUCGCCCGCGAGCUGCUCGAGGACCUCAAGGCAUCCGACUACCCCUCCAAGCGCCUCAUCAUCGUCGGCUCCAUCACCGGGAACACGAACACGCUGGCCGGCAACGUGCCGCCGAAGGCGAACCUGGGGGACCUGAGGGGCCUGGCGUCCGGGCUGAACGGCGCGGGCAGCGCCGCCAUGAUCGACGGCGCGGAGUUCGACGGCGCCAAGGCGUACAAGGACAGCAAGGUGUGCAACAUGCUCACCAUGCAGGAGUUUCACCGCCGGUACCACGAGGAGACCGGGAUCACCUUCGCGUCGCUCUACCCGGGAUGCAUCGCCACCACCGGCCUCUUCCGGGAGCACAUCCCGCUCUUCCGCCUCCUCUUCCCGCCCUUCCAGAAGUACAUCACCAAGGGCUACGUCUCCGAGGAGGAGGCCGGCAAGAGGCUGGCGCAGGUGGUCAGCGAGCCCAGCCUCACCAAGUCCGGCGUCUACUGGAGCUGGAACAACAACUCCGCCUCAUUCGAGAACCAGCUCUCCGAGGAGGCCAGUGACACCGAGAAGGCCAGGAAGGUUUGGGAGCUCAGCGAGAAGCUCGUCGGACUAGCAUGAUUGCCCGUUUGCCGGCCCUUCAGCGAUGACCCCGAUCUUGAUCGAUCGUCACCUGCAGGAAGCUAGUGACAAAUUUUUGUGCUUCGCUUUCUCAGCCCAAAAAAAUGGAAAAAAGAAAAGAAUAAGUGUAGGACACCUUUGGCAAAAAAACCGGUAGGUUCUUCUUAUGUUGCCACGCCCAACUGAGUCAGGAGUGAUCAUAAGUGAGUGUAAGCCUGUAAAACUAGUUCUUUUUUAUUUGAUUUGGUAAUAGUGACAAUAAAGUGUCUUUGGGCGGCCAAACACUGCAAAUGCAUUUGGACGUUUUAAGUUUCUUCCAACAACUCCACAUGGAGUGUUCU